ACGGAAGUGGGUCCUACCAUCUUCUCGCAGCCGGAAUGGGAAGAAAUGAGGAAAUAACUCUUUAAGUCAAUGAAUUCCUCGUUGGAACCCACUAUCGAGAAAUUCUCAUUGGUACAGUUUUAAGAAAUGACAAAUUUAAUCUGCUCUUGAUUUUUGUGUCCUAAGAUUUCCAGUAAGUGUCUUCAAACCUCCCCCCACGGCUUUCUGGCUAAUAGAAGUUCCCGAAGGCCGCCGAUUCCAGAAGAUACUGUUCGGCGUGAAAUUAGUCUUAGUUGAAACAUAAGUCCCUGGCGUCUUGUGGUGCGCCUGCGCAAACUUUUGAGCCCUCCCGCGAGAGAAAAGUGCGUUCUCGGUUCUGUAGCAGUUUCCGCGGGUUGGGGGAAAGUAACUCCUGCUGCUGCACUAUGGCGUCCAUGGGGACCCUCGCCUUCGAUGAAUAUGGGCGGCCUUUCCUUAUCAUCAAGGAUCAAGACCGCAAGUCCCGUCUUAUGGGCCUUGAGGCCCUCAAGUCUCAUAUAAUGGCGGCAAAGGCUGUGGCAAAUACAAUGAGAACGUCGCUUGGACCAAAUGGACUGGAUAAGAUGAUGGUGGAUAAGGAUGGCGAUGUGACUGUAACUAAUGAUGGUGCCACCAUCUUAAGCAUGAUGGAUGUCGAUCAUCAGAUUGCCAAGCUCAUGGUGGAACUAUCCAAGUCUCAGGAUGAUGAAAUUGGAGACGGAACCACAGGAGUGGUUGUCCUGGCUGGUGCCUUGUUAGAAGAAGCCGAGCAGUUGCUAGACCGAGGCAUUCACCCAAUCAGAAUAGCUGAUGGCUAUGAGCAGGCUGCCCGCGUUGCUAUUGAACACCUGGACAAGAUCAGCGAUAGCGUCCUUGUUGACAUAAAGGACACCGAACCCCUGAUUCAGACUGCAAAAACCACGCUGGGCUCCAAAGUGGUCAACAGUUGUCACCGACAAAUGGCGGAGAUCGCUGUGAAUGCCGUCCUCACUGUAGCAGACAUGGAGCGCAGAGAUGUGGACUUUGAGCUUAUCAAAGUAGAAGGCAAAGUGGGUGGCAGGCUGGAGGACACUAAGCUGAUUAAGGGCGUGAUCGUAGACAAGGAUUUCAGUCACCCGCAGAUGCCGAAAAAAGUGGAAGAUGCUAAGAUUGCAAUUCUCACAUGUCCAUUCGAACCACCCAAACCAAAAACGAAGCAUAAGCUGGAUGUGACCUCUGUAGAAGAUUAUAAAGCCCUUCAGAAAUAUGAAAAGGAGAAAUUUGAAGAGAUGAUUCAACAGAUUAAGGAGACUGGUGCUAACCUAGCAAUUUGUCAGUGGGGCUUUGAUGAUGAAGCAAAUCACUUACUUCUUCAGAACAACUUGCCUGCGGUGCGCUGGGUAGGAGGACCUGAAAUUGAGCUGAUUGCCAUUGCAACAGGAGGGCGGAUCGUCCCCAGGUUCUCAGAGCUCACAGCCGAGAAGCUGGGCUUUGCUGGUCUUGUACAGGAGAUCUCAUUUGGAACGACUAAGGAUAAAAUGCUGGUCAUCGAGCAGUGUAAGAACUCCAGAGCCGUAACCAUUUUUAUUAGAGGAGGAAAUAAGAUGAUCAUUGAGGAGGCGAAACGAUCCCUUCACGAUGCUCUGUGUGUCAUCCGGAACCUCAUCCGUGAUAAUCGUGUGGUGUAUGGAGGAGGGGCUGCGGAGAUAUCCUGUGCCCUGGCAGUUAGCCAAGAGGCAGAUAAGUGCCCCACCUUAGAACAGUACGCCAUGAGAGCAUUUGCUGAUGCACUGGAGGUCAUCCCCAUGGCCCUGUCUGAAAACAGUGGCAUGAAUCCCAUCCAGACUAUGACCGAAGUCCGAGCCAGACAAGUGAAGGAGAGGAACCCUGCUCUUGGCAUCGACUGUUUGCACAGGGGGACAAAUGAUAUGAAGCAACAGCAUGUCAUAGAAACCUUGAUUGGCAAAAAGCAACAAAUAUCUCUUGCGACACAAAUGGUUAGAAUGAUUUUGAAGAUUGAUGACAUUCGUAAGCCUGGAGAAUCUGAAGAAUGAAGACAUGGAGAUACUAUGUAGUAAGAUCUACUGUGAUUGAAUAAAUGGGUGUCUUGCGAUGCGUCUACAGUUAUUUAUUACAUCCUUUUUCAGGCAUUGUAGAUGCUAUAAUAAAAAGAGCUGUUUGGUAAGCAUAGUUUCAGUUGUUCAAAAAUGUGUAAUUGUGGGGGUACUAUCUCAACGUGUUUUUGUAUUCGUUGUAUUAAGGGAAUCUCUUUAAACAACCUAUCUUCAGGUUUAAGAAACAUUUAUUGUAACAGUGAUUAAAUGCCGCCCUAAUUGAA